UCACUCUAAAAUUAGCACGUCAAAAACUGAAAAGUUCUUUCUUUUCACAAUUUUCUUACUCUGCGUCGGAAAUUCUACUUAAGCUGGCACUUCGAAGCGGAAAUUAUUUACCAGCUGGCGAAAAGCUAAGAGCUGCGGAAGCGGAAAGCGAACACACGUAUGUCGCGGAAUCCUGAGGACGCCGAAUUGUCCACAACAUCUGCAUCCGAUUACAGAGACGGAAUCAAUGGGUCGCCAGCAUCAGACUGGCCUUCGCCAGUAGACCAGCAAGAUUUGCCGGAUAUUGGGACAUCUUUUUAUGAUGAUUCGCAACACCCGACAUCGUACUGUAGUCAAAGCCACUGCAUUAUUGGAUCACGAGUAAAGACGAGACUAUCGGAUAUAUCGUCCACAACUGAAGCACAAUCGUCUUUGCCAGAGAGUCCACGAUUUUCGUUUACAGAACCACCUUACACCGUUGUCAACAAUUUUUACGGCCCAACUCCACAGCGCCGAUAUUUGAUACCGGCUCAACAAUACUUGCCUUUGUGGCAUAGAAACGCUGAUAUUUCUGAUCAGUAUUACACUCCAUCGCCAUUCCAUCAUUUGGAGGAACUGCACAACUCAUCGGAUUUGAGGAAUUCGCCACAGAGACCACAUUUUCGUCCUGCUUCUCCAGGCAAUUCUGACGGACCUCUAUUUGCUCCCAACUUUCAGGCGGAUACCUCCGGCCAGGAAGUUGUAGUUGGCCUUGCCCCAUUGCAGUACAACUUUCAUUCAAUAAUAACUUAUGCGUCGGAGUAUAUAACGCCAAUCCAGGUGGCAAACAAUCAAAUUUUAUCUGAAGCCGAUCUGGAGGGAAUCCAGCACGCACAAGCUACUCUGGAAAACUACUAUUACGUAGCGAAUUCCUGGCUGCAAAAAGAUCAGGCUCAUGAGCAAUACGAACUGAUUGAGUUCCAAAACCAUCAGCUUGCUUCUGAUUUGCAGCUGGAGAAUCAGGAAAUCCAGGAACAAAAUAACUAUCUGACAUCAAAUAUCCCAUACGAAGAUCGUCAGCUUACACAAGAGAUUCAGUACUAUCAGCAGGAACCAACCGAGGAACUUCAGCUCUAUUCAUUUCAUUCUGAGAUUCCGGAAAUCCAGAUCGUAGCACCGUUACUUCAGGCCUCAUCGCCUGUACCUAAGAUCCAGGACUACCUGUCCGAGCAACCGGUACAUCAGGCCUACUCACCGGGUAGGCAGUCCUCACCUUUUUCUAAUAUCCAGGACAAUCAUACAUACUCACCAAGUCACCAAUCCGACUUAUCAAUAGGGGAUUCCUACUCGCCUUCUCGUGCGGUCCAGGAAUACCAUUCUGAAGUGAGAGUGCCCUACGACAGACAGUUAGCUAAUAACGAAGGAAUAUCUGAACCUAAUAUCCAGGACUACCAGUCCGAGAUUUUAAGAACUCAGUCCUACUCACCAGGUAGCCACCCCUACUCGCCUUCCUCCGAUAUCCAGGGCUACCAGGCAAGCCAUCAAUCCGACUUGCCAGAAAGCAAGUCCUGCUCGCCUUCUCGUGAGGUCGAGGACUAUAAGUCCGAGUUGGAAGUGCAGUACGUGGAAGAAUUGACUUAUAACCACGGCCUAUCUGAACAUAAGAUCCAGGGCUACCACUCCGAGAUUCUAAGACGUCGGUCCUACUCACCGGGUGGCCAGCCCUAUUCGCCUUCCUCGGAUAUCGAGGACUACCAGGCAAACUCACCAAGCCACCAAGCCGACUUACCAAAACGCAAGUCCUACUCGCCUUCUCUUGAGGUCCAGGAAUACCAGUCCGAGGUGGAAGUGCAGUACGGAGAAGAAUUGGCUCAUAACCACGGCCUGUCUGAACAUAAGACCCAGGACUACCAGUCCGAGAUUUUAAGACGUCAGUCCUACUCACCGGGUAGCCAACCCUACUCGUCUUUCUCUGAUAUCCAGGUCUACCAGCCAUACUCACCGAGCCACGAGUCCGAUUUACCAAAAGACCAGUGCCUCUCGCCUUUUCCAGAGGUCCGGGACUACCAGUCCACGGUGGAGGUACCGUACGGAGGAGAAUUGGCUAAUCACAUAGGGCCAGCUAAAGGGAGUCAGGAGGAGCCUAUCGCAGAAAAACGAGAUCGAGAGAAAAUAUUCGACAACUUUGAUAAAUUCUUACAACGAACAUCACCGAAUCAUGGGCUACAGCAACAGAUACGAAGUGUGCUGAUAGAACCAAAGCAUAUUCACACUGAAAUUGUGCGUAAAACAUUUAAGACCAUCCGUAACGGCUGCGAUCUUUUGAUCGCCGAACCAAAUCAUCCGGACGCCCAGCACCAACGCUUAAGUGUUGUUCUCUUGCGCGAGAGGCUGGCCGAAUUGUGCCACAUUCUUUUGGACGAAGCUAUUCGCGGCAAGGCCACCAAACAAGGUUUCGAUCUGCUCAAGGAGAUCUUCGUUGGCAUCGAGGACAUCGAUCAAUCACUUCAGUUUGUUAUUGGACGCUUAGAGCAGGAGAGUGCCUCCGAGCAAGAAAACGAUUUGCAGAACAACAUUUCAAUGGGCUUGGAAUUGUUGAGAAAACUGCGUAAGCUAGUUACCGGUUGGUAUACACCCAAAGAUAGUGAGUCUGAUACCGAGUCGGCGGGCUUGGCAUCUGAAAAUCAAAACGGAUCAGGUCGUGCUAGCGAUCAUCAAUCGGAAGCAAGUAAUUUACCUCGGAAAAGGCGUACCCAGGAGGAGAAUCCUCGUUUGAUCAAAUACCGCCGCGUGGACAACUCUUUUCCUCGCUUUAUAACGAAUGAGUCGAUGGCUGCAGAUCGUGAGCGAGAAAAUCAGCAACAGAGCUCGAGGCGUCUCUCAAUAUUUAAUCCGCCGGUAUAUACCCAGCAUAGGGUGCGCAAUGACGCCCCUUACGUACCCAAUCCCUUCGACGUCUCAGACGAUGAGGAGCCGCCGACUCAGACAUUUGCCAGCGCCGUUACAUCGUCCAGAACUCCGCAGAUGCUGUACUCUGAUGCCGUUCGUCUCGGUCAAAAUGGCUUUGCAGAGUCGCAUAUAAACCAUAUAAAUGGACAUUCUGGUAGCCACACGGGACGUAGGGCACCAACUCAAAUGGAGAGAAGUAUACUGACCCACGAAAUGGAACGGAUGGAGCAUCAGCAAUAUCUUACCCUCAUUCAAACCGUAGCACACAAUAGUAGUACGGGAGGACGUUUCAUUAAGCCAAGUGCUCCGCCCUUGCAACGCAUAGAUGCCCAGACGCCAUCGUGGAGUUCAAUAUUGCGAGGCAACCAAUCUCUUCCAUUGCAGCGGCAACAGCAGCAGCAGCAGCAACAGUCGCCUUCGACGACAAGGCGCGAGAGCUUCCGCGUGAACCAUGAGCUAUCAGAAUACGCCAAAUUGAUAGAUCGCGAGUCGAGUCAGGAGAACAGGCCACCGGUACCACCGCAGCUUAUACGUUGCGAUAGUUUUGUUAACAGUGUCGCCGCCAGUCAUGCUUCUACCCUUACCAGCAGCGAGGGAAGCGCAGAGAGCGAAAGCUCGUCAAAUGACUCUGAUUCCUCAGUGAUGGUUGUUGCCACCGAUGAUAGCAAUGAAGAUAAAAAUAUGAAAAUGUCCAACCACACUGGUGCCACAUCAAAUACGCACAGCGCCCAGCCAACCAUGACCGAUUCCUUGCAGCGUCGUUUUGCCAGUUGUGUCUACCUUAAGGAUGACUUUGCGGAACAAUAUAAAGCGCGAGUGGCAAAAAUGCAAUUGGAAACUGAACAUCGUCGUAAAUUAGCAGCUGAGGAAGCUCAACGCGUCACAGAAUAUCGUCGAGCAUUUGAAGAAAAACUGCGGGAAAAAAGAAUCACUUACGGUUUCCCCCACAAGCCCAUCUUUAUCAUUGGGCCACUAGACAGCGCGAUUAAAAAGAAAGAAACGACGCUCGUCCCAUUAUCCAAGGAGCAAGUAAAGCGCUAUUACGAUUUAAUGCAGGGCGAUCGUUCGGCGGUACUUGUUGUCAAGUUCAACCUGCAUAUUCGCCGCCUCGAUAUACGCACAUUCAUUGAUGGCGAAUGGCUAAACGAUGAGGUUAUAAAUUUCUAUAUGUCCUUAUUGACCGAGCGUUCGGAGAAACGGGCUGGCGAAUUGCCCGCAACAUAUGCCAUGAACACAUUCUUUGUGCCACGCCUCUUACAAGCUGGACAUGGCGGCGUUAAGCGCUGGACACGGAAAGUUGACUUGUUUAGCAAGGACAUUAUCCCAGUGCCAGUCCACUGCAACGGUGUUCACUGGUGCAUGGCCAUUAUUCAUAUGCGGGAUAAGGCCAUCCGCUAUUACGAUUCUAUGGGAAAGCCGAAUCAACCAGUGUUGGACGCUUUGGCAGCUUAUUUGCGAGAGGAGUCAUUAGAUAAGCGCAAGCAGCCAUUUGAUACCAGCGACUUCGUGAUUGAGAACGUAGAAAACGUUCCCCAACAAUUAAAUGGAAGCGAUUGCGGCGUCUUCAGCUGCAUGUUUGCGGAAUAUAUUUCUCGAGAUGUACCCAUAACCUUUUCGCAGUCGGAAAUGGAGUAUUUCCGCCGAAAGAUGGUGCUGGAGAUAGUCGACGGAGAGAUGUGGCUGUAGGCGAUCAACUAGAUUAUCUUCUAUGCAGCAACUAAGUCUAGUUUAGCACAGCAGAAAGAAUCAAGUUAAUUUAUUAAUUAGAAAUCUAACUCAACUUUCCAAGCAGGAAUUCACAAGAAGUGCUUAGCCAUCGGUUAAUCUAGAUCAAUAGAAUCUAUUGAAUUUAUUCGAUUGAGUCCAGAUUGAGCCAAGCUAAAGCAUUAUUGCGCAUAUACUCAUCUCAUUUUACACUUCAAACACAAAAGACACGGGCGAUUGUUUACAUAAAUUAAAUAACCAUCCUACUACUAAUUGUAAACAUAUUUCAGAAUCAGACCAUCUGAAAGUAACACAGAAACCCUAGUUUUUCAAUAACUUUCCAAGAAAGAACUCUCAACUCGCAAUCUUAAUCAAUUGAAUCUGAUCUGAUUUAUUCAGUUGAGUCCAGAUAGAACCGAGUUAGAGUAAACUCAUUUUACACUUCAUACAUCAACCAUCCUACUAUUUAAUGUAAACACCUUUUGAAAUCAGAUGUUCCAUGAAAGUUGACAUCUGAAUGUAACACAGAGAAACUAGUUUUUCAAUAAAGCGCUCUCAAAUAAAAGCAA